CAAAGAGGUAUAGAGUAAACAAGCAAAGAAAUGAAGGGUAUGACAUAUGAAAGGUCCAUGUGAAAGGUAAACAAGACCAUUUCGGCACUGACUUGGCGUUCUACUUAAAGGUCUGGACACCAAGACACACCACAGUCUCCAGGAAUAGCUGCUGCAGUGGAUGACCAUGUCUCGUCUGUGUUUCUCACUCUUCUUGUGUUUGGUUUGGCUUGGACUGCUCUGUCUCACAGAGGCAGUGGAAAACCAAGCUGAAUCAAGGGACAAAAGGAGUGUGCCUAACUGGGCGCUGACAUCUUCAGAUUUUUUCGGCUGGAUUGAAGAGCUGCGUUCUCACGCCGGCUAUGACAAGAUUGAGGAAUUAGCCAGAACCUUCUGGGCUCAUUUUCCUUCUGCCAGCCGCCUGGGUUACGACCCUCCCGCUCCAGAAGAAUAAUGCCAUCUGAGUUGGAGUCUGUGUUGUGCAGACCAUUUGCAUCUUUCAUUAUGGCACAGCUUUUGGAAAAAGAGACAAACAGUCUUUAUUAUUUAGCUUAACUUGAUCUGAGCCAGGCAGGAUACCCUGAGAAAGGUCAAUUUUUUUUUUUUUGUUUAAAAGUUACGUAAAACCCCUUAUGUAACAGCAUCCAAAAUCUGGUAAAAGUGUCUUCCUUAUGAACUGUCUUUUAUUGCUUGGACAAAAAAGUCACUGCAGGUUCUUCUUUCACAUAAAUGUGCACUCUGGAUUUGUACUUGCUACAAAAUAAAAAAUAUAUACUGUGUAACAAUAUAAACGUAUAUGCUACACAGGGCAAAUAGCUAUUGUUGAGUAGCACAACAGGGCACGCAGGUGUGCUGUUAUCAGGUGGGAAUGCAGUCCAGGUGCACAGAGAUGACCUCUGAGUGAGGGUCAUCCCCCUCAGGACAAGUACAGUGCAUGCAGGAACACAGUCCUUAUGUGUUCGACUGUAGCAAAAUCACUCCAGUAUGCAGUGAUGUGUACUGUCAGUAUGCCGUCAUAAGUGCUUUUAGAAAAUACAAAGAAAUAUAAACACAACAUGAUUAAAAAAAAAGUAAAAUAAAAAGUUCUUAAUAAACAAAAUCAUCUAUAUGUCU